AUGCCGCUCAUCCUUCGGCUCUGCUUAUACGCUGUCAGCGCCAACGGCAGCAAGGCGCAGCUUUGGCUGUCCUUUCCCAUUCUUCGCACCACCGCCCCGAAGGAUAUUAUUCUGCUCGCGCGGCGGAGUGUGGAGGAACGCAUGGCCGCAGAGCUGGAGAUGCAUGCGUCGUACGAGACCCAGCUGUCCCUCUGCAUGCGCGACGCGAGCGGCCGGUAUGUGUUUCUGGGCACCGCGUCCAUGGUGGGCGCCGACACGCCUAUCAACAAGAUGCCCUUUUUCGAGGAGCUGCUGCGCGUGCGACAGGAGAGACUGGAAAGCGCAACCAAGGCACCGUGGGAGCGGUUUAUCUUUGCGCAAGGCUCCCUCGUUUCUCUGCCAGACUUGCUGCGGCUCAACCGCAGGGACGCCACGGGGAGUGCAAGGCCGUUCGCCCUCUAUGAGACAGUGGAGGUGACGCCAGAGCUAAGCAGCGAUCCCAUCGUCGACGACAUUGCGCCAUCGGUGGCAAUGAAUGCCACCGACACGGAUGCAUCCCCGCAAACCUACGUGUUUCCCGUGUCGACCGGCUCUGUUUCCUCCUCCGCCGCCUCCGCCGCCUCCGCGGCAGUGGAGGCCACGGCCGCCCUCACUCCGGCAAGGGCGCGGGCAGGCACAGCCACGUCUGUGCUGGUAAAGUACGUGAACUUUGACGGACGAACAUACACGGCGAGGGUGCGACGGACGGAGACUCCCUCGCUGCAGGCGGUGCUGUCGGAGGCGUGUGCGGCUCUCGGUGCACGGGUAGGAUGCGUCUUUCAGCCGUGCAACAUGCGAUUGAUGUGUAGCCGCGAGAAUGGCGACCCGUACCCCGUGGACAACGCGAGUGCGCUCCAAAACUCGCUGGGGGACGAGGACGCGCAGUUUUACCUUGCAGUAGACGCACGUCUUCUGGCGUCCUCCUCGCCACCUCGCUUGGAGGUCGCACAGGAGGGGGGCCCCGUGUUGAUGCUGAAGGAGACGCAAAACGACUCGCUUGAGGCCGUGGCUGCCGCCGCCACGCAUGACGCACCCUGGGCACUGGCCACCGGCGCCGCGACACUGCGGCAACUCGGCGCCCUCCACCCGACGCCGGCCUUUGCGCCACGAGACCGUCUGUCGGUUCUGCGUACGAGGCCGACGCCACUGUUGGGACCGUCGACGAGCGCCACAGUGGCGAAUAUGCGUCAUGAAGAGGACGAGGCCCGGCUACGCCUUGCCACCGCCCACUUCUCCUUGGAUGAGGCCCGGCGAAAGCACAAGGCGGCGGUGCUCGGGUCAAGCCACGACGCCACGUGUGAUACGCUCCGCAAGAAGAAGGCGGUGCUAACGGAGGAGUGGGCCGAAUGCCUCAGCGCAGAGCGCGACUGCCGGCGGUUAGAAACGCUUGUCGCCUGGCUCGAGAAAGACAAAGCGGACGGCCACGCGAGACAGGAGAAACUCAUUCGGGCCCUCUACGCCGCAUAA